UUAUAUAAAUAUCUGGUUUACGUGCUAUAUACAAUUAACCCAACUAGAGAGUAUAGUCUCUAUGACGUUUUUGAUUUUGGUUUAUAUGUAUUUGGAUCUUUAUGUGUGUAGUUGCAAAUUUAUGUACUACUAAAUCAGAGAAACGAUGAAUAAUACGAGAUCGGUUAGUUCUUCGGUUUCUCCAACAUACCCAGCUCUAUCAGAGAAUCAACGUCAGUCGAGCUGUGGAGAAUUCUCAAGAUUAGAGAAACGAAUGGGAGGAGCGAGGAAGAUGACGUUUCACUCCAAGUCUAUGCCCAGAGGUUCCAUAUUUCUUGACCAAGAAGCUGCUUCUAGAAACUACCACGACAAGAGGUAUGACCUGUUCAGGACCAUGUCAGGGAAGCUUGAACGUCAGAUUUCCAAUUUACGAGGAAAACCCACUGAUAGUUCGUGUCAGGACAAUGAGCUCACUGAAUCUUUAACAGCUGAUAGAUACUUUGAUGCUCUUCAAGGCCCCGAACUUGAAACUCUCAAGGACAAGGAGAAGAUAGUUUUGCCAGAGGACAAAACGUGGCCGUUUCUUCUUCGGUUUCCAAUAACAUCGUACGGAAUGUGUCUUGGAGUAAGCAGUCAAGCCAUCAUGUGGAAGACCUUAGCAACCACAGACGCCGAGAAGUUCUUGCACAUGACGCAAGUAGUAAACCACGUUCUCUGGUGGAUCUCUCUCGUCCUCCUCGUCACCGUCUCCAUCACUUACCUCUUCAAAACCAUCUUCUUCUUCGAGGCUGUCCGUCGCGAGUUCCGGCACCCUAUCCGAGUCAACUUCUUCUUCGCUCCUCUCAUAUCAAUCCUCUUACUAGCACUUGGAGUCCCACAUUCCAUCACCACGACUCUCCCCUCUAUACUUUGGUACUUCCUUAUGGCUCCGAUCUUGGUUCUUGAGAUGAAGAUUUAUGGACAGUGGAUGUCUGGUGGGCAGAGACGCCUCUCCAAAGUCGCUAACCCUACAAAUCACCUUUCCAUCGUCGGUAACUUCGCCGGAGCACUUCUUGGAGCAUCAAUGGGUUUAGAAGAAGGACCAAUGUUCUUCUAUGCUGUUGGAUUGGCUUAUUAUUUGGUCUUAUUUGUGACUCUCUAUCAGAGACUCCCCACAAACGAAACCUUGCCUAAAGAGCUUCACCCUGUUUUCUUCCUCUUUGUGGCUGCACCAGCUGUCGCUUCCAUGGCUUGGACCAAUAUCUCUGGCUCCUUUAAUAUCGGUUCGCGCCUUGCUUACUUCAUCUCCUUGUUCUUGUACUUCUCUCUGGUUGUUCGGAUUAACUUUUUCCGCGGAUUCAAAUUCUCGCUAGCUUGGUGGGCUUACACGUUUCCGAUGACGGCAGUGGCCACGGCGACGAUAAAAUACUCAGGGGAAGUCACCGGCAUAGCAACUCAGGUACUGUCUGUUUUGAUGGCCGGAGCAGCAACUCUGACGGUGAUAAGUGUCCUGGUAAUGACGGUGGUGCACGCAUUUAUCAAAUGUGAUCUCUUCCCUAAUGACGUAGCCAUUGCCAUAAGUGCAGAGCGACCGAAGCAGAAGAGAUGGUUCAAACAGCUCACAAAUGGAAGUUUAGGAAAUAGUAUGAGAUGUCUCAAGGUUUUUGACCCGGAAGAUGAACAAAUAGAUGUAGAAGCUCCUCCUUUACUAAAUGAAGAGUGUCAAACGGUGUAGUUAGGCAAAAUUAUUCAGCUUUAGAGGUAUAAACAAAAUAAAAGCAGUUGAUAAUAAAGCACAAAACCAAAAAAAAAGGGGGGAUACUAUCUUUAGGCUGUGGAGUAUCACUCUCACAACUACUAUCUUUCUCAUUUCUUAGACUACUAGAGUAGAAGAAGGCAAAAGAUUUAACAAGCCGCUUCGUCUAAGUCGGUAAGUCUACUUCCUCAGUGUCAGUACCUUGCUUGAUUCUACUGGGAAGACUUGCAAAGAAACUCUCUGGUGAGUCUUAACUCAUGAGCAGGCUGUGUCCUUAUCCUGCCUCUCAGAAAGACAAUUUCCUACUCAGAGCAACGUUCUCAUUUGAGGUAGACGAAUCCAUCUUCUUUGGACUUCUGUUUCUUCUUACACAUCUAAGUUUUUUCUUCUUAUUCUUUUUGUUGGUUUUGUUUUUAUAUAUAUUUAUAUAUAUAUGUGUGUUUGUGUUUGGUCUUAUCUUCUUAUAUGUGUGUGCGUUUGUGUUUGGGUAACGUAUUGUUUAGAAUAUUUUGUUAUGGACUAAUAAUUUAUAUAUGUAUAGCUGAA